AUGGCAAGAUCGAAGAGGUGGAUCUUGACCAAGUCCUGUGACUAUCAACCUGGAGGAAGCCUUCAACUUGGCCAGAUCCUUGCCAAGCCGAAGUAUCCAUCUCACGCACUGCAGCCGGCUGGACCGCUGCCUCUCCCCCAAGGAUUAAUCGUUGAGCAUACUUCUUGUGAAGACCUUGACGUGCGAGUGAACGACGAGCUCGCCGCGCAUUUUGAUGCUUGGGCAAGUUUCUACCUAGUUUCGACAAACACCGAGGCCGUCUCUACACGAUCGAAGAGCUUCAGCUGGCAUUUCGACAAGCUCGAUAGCAUAACAAUGACACCAUCACUCGAUUAUGUCCGAGCAGCUAUGGGUCAUGGCGAUGUGCCGGCAAGCCUCAAGAAGUGGUCUUUCAGCAUGCGAGUGUACAUGGUCACGGGCGUCCGCAUUGUGAGCGGCGCCAGGAUCUCACGUAGCAAUGAGGCUGAGGCUCGACUUUCUGGGUCUGCACAGGUCAGCUUGAACACAGGGAUUGAUCCAGUCGGUGCUGGGGCUGGACUGGGAUCGAAGUCAUCACAUGCCGAAUCUGUUGGAAGAACGUCGGAUUUCGUAUUUGCGUAUCGCCUGAACGAGAUUCGAUAUCGUGGCAAAAUCACUCAUGAGCCCUAUAAUGGAGGAGAGCUCUCUUCAACAGAAGCCAAGGGCCCAUCCCGCCCGGAAAUCAUUGUUGAUGGUUUUGAGGUGCUUGGAAUCUGUGAGGAUUCCUGGAAAGGGAACGCGAGGGAUUUUGAUCAGGUGACGAUUGCUUCGCAUGAAGACCUUGAGUGUUAUUUGAGCAAAUAG